GAGUAAUUUAAUCCCUAAAGGAAUCAUUACGACCCAGCUCUGCAUACACUAGGCUGCCUCACAAUCAAUACAAAGAAAAGCGAUUCUCCUUCUCCAGCGAAUUUUAUAACUCCAACCUUUCCUUAAAACUGCAUGAAAACGUCACGUUUAUCAUAAAUCUAAUUUAUGUAUAUCGCAAAAUGUUUCCCGAGAAAAUAGUCUGAAUAAUGGGAACAUGUAAAUUUAAAAGUUUUUUCAAAAAUUCUGCCAUCAGUUCUUUGGUAUUUACUUUUCAUUCUCACAGUAUCAGCGAUUUUUUUAAUUAAACCACUCAAGCCCCAAAAACUUCAGACAUUUCUUUGUUUUGCCGAAAAAUCCUAGGAUGUUUCAACAAAAAAAAAACAAUGCGAAACUGAAAAUCAGCCCAAAGAUUUUAAAGUUAUCAAACACUUUAAAAAAUUAAAAGAAGCCAAAACUAAAAACUAUCAUUAGUUUGAACUAAAAAACCUUUUCCGUUUUACCUCGAAAUUUGGUUAAUAUACGGCUGAGCUGUUAAAAUUUCCACGAAAACUAUACUGAAAAGCUUAAAAAUGUCGUUAUUUUGAAGAGCUGAACAGUGUUUUUUUUUUUAUUUUGAUGCAGAUCUUUUAUUGAAACACUCGUCUAUAGGGUUAUUUGAUGUUAGAAGUGUUCCAGCUAAAAAAUAAAAAUAAAAUAAUGCGAGUUUCAGAAGGAUUUUCAAUGUGCUUCAGCUUACGAUUAGUGCCGAAUUGAAACAAAAUAUUUUAUUGGGCGCUAAAAUUCCACAUUUUAUUAUCUGCUUGGAAAAGCGGCAAAUUUUCGUCAUGCGGCACCCUAGUGUAGACCCUAGAUUUCUUUUAUAUUUUGCAGACACAUUUACGGGCUGUCCUGAAUGCAAUCAACGAUGGGUGCAACGUUACACACUACUCCCAUUGGAGUUUAAUCGAUAAUUUCGAGUGGAAUAAGGGAUUUACUGAAAAGUUUGGUCUCUAUUACCUGAACAUGACAAGUGAGAAUAAAGAACGUGUUGCCAAAAAUUCGGCGCAUUACUACAGGAGUGUCAUUGAAAGUCGGGAAAUAUCAUCAGGCGACAAUUACGUGUGAAAAGCUGGUGCUACAUGAAUAUUUAUUUAUACAAAAACAAUAUUUAAAUUACAUAUGUACAUAUGUUUGUUGUUUGUAUAUGCAAGCACUAGGAUACGAUUAUUGAAAACUAAGUGGCGCUUUGUUAUUUGAUUAUAAAUAAAUAUGUACCUUUUUGCAUACAUGUGUUUGUAUGUAUAUAUGUACAUACACAUAUUCGUUGACGAAAGUAGUCAAAUUUAGUCGUUAGUAAAGUCAAAUCUAAUUUAGUGGGGCGUAUUUGAAGUAAACUGCAAGGCGAUAAAGUGAAAAAAUAAGUUCUUUAAUACAGAUGGAUAUGUAUAAUUUAAGUGGGAUAGUGCUAAAAUAAAGUAAAAAUAAGGGAUAACAAAAGGAUAUGUAUCAAUAACGAAAGGAACAUUUCCAGAAAAAUAUUCUAAUUAAAAUAAUAUGAGUGAAAGUCCUGCAGAGAUGUCAAGUUUUCAAGUGGACCAGCGGGCAAAUUUCCUCGCUCUUAUUUUGUUGGACGCACUAGAGGAUGGCAAUGAAAGCGACAUAAAUGCAAUACUUGAAAGGAAUAAUGUAGAUGCAAGUUUUGUCCCUGUUGAGCGCGGUAUAUCGCCACUGCAUUAUGCGUGCGGAAUGGAGAACGCAGAAUUAGCCUGGGAGAUAUCAAAAAGAUUCCUUCAGGACGGUGCUGAUCCCAAUGUGCGGUCCAACGAAAAUAUGACGCCAUUGCAUGUGGCAGCAAUAUUUGGACGUGUGGAUAUUGUGAAGCAACUUUUGAAAUAUGGUGCUCAAUAUGAUGUGGUGGACGAUGAACGUAAAACACCUAUACAUUAUGCCAUAGAAGAUUGCCAUUUCGAAGUGCUUGAAGCGAUUAGAAACCAUAUUUUUCAACAUAAGUACGAUAGAGACUGUCAAAAGCGCAGUAAUGAAUGUAGACAGGACUCCAACACUCCAGCUCCAAAAACAGUAAGGUUACGUGAUGAAAAUGCCUCGAAUAUUACGCCAGUCAACAAGGUACUUCGUAACGUACUUGCCACGGAUAAUGAAAACCACGAUACACCAGCUAAAAAAUAUACACCUAACCGUGUACAUUACAAUUAUGAUGUCACAUCUCCAUAUUACAUUAACAUCACCCAUCGACGUCACAGGCCUCAGCCUAUAUUUCCAACCACUGCGGAGCCGCUCAAUAAAGCCCGCAAUAUUGAAAGAAAUAGUUCAGAUGUACAAAGUGUGAAUUCUGAGGGACAUCGUCCGGAAUCACUAACUUCACCUCAAAAGUCAGUUAAUGUUUUCGACCUAACAGAGAAAAACUUAAAAGAACUUUCCCUGGCCACAUCUAAUUUAGAACGAUCUUGCAUAUCUAUGAUCGAGUCUUGGCGAAGAAAAGUAGAGAGUUCACGAGCGAGAAGGUCAAUUUUAAGGCAGUACACCAAUGUUGACGAAAUGUUGGACGAAUUAAUGAACAGCGACCAUCUUAACUAUACGAACACAGCGUUGCAAAAAGAAGUGAAGUCAGAUUCGGCAGAAGAGCAACCAAAAGCAUCUACAGCAACCGCAGGGAAGUUCUUACUUAAUCCUAAUGUCUCUUUGGGUGCUAUAAUACAAAAAGCGGCGCAAGCCAAUGUCUUAAAUAUGGAUCCACCAGCACGCAAUCGAGAGUUAGACAGUAGCUAUCAUACUGUGCCACCUUUCACUGAACAAUUGGAUGAAAACAUAAGUGCAAAUAUGCCAGAUGAAGGCUUGCAAAACUCACAGAAGAACUACUUAAAAGAAAAAAGUACAAAAAAUUCAGCAUCUGAAUAUUUUCUACAAAUGACUGAGGCUUACGUACACACUGACGACGAGAACGGCCUAGUUUUCUAUGAAACCAAGCUGCUUAGUACCCAGAAUCAUGCAACUAACAGCGAUCAACAAAAUUUGAAUAAUACAAUAUCCACUAAUGUUACAAUUCCUUUGGACUACGAAACGGACGAGCUACGCGCAGAGUUGACACAUUAUGGCGAUCCUCCAGGACCGAUAACAAAGAGUACGAAAAAGCUUUAUAUUAAAAGACUUAUAAAGUACAGAAGGAAUGCUCCGAACCCCCUCCAGCUUAAUACCAAGGGAGCGACUAACGCUGAUAAAACCGCAAGGUUCUCAGUGGAACUGCAGCGUACAAUACGUUCUUCAGAACAGUUUUCUUUAAUACCCGAGUACAUGAAAUAUGAGUCCAAAUCGGCAGAGUAUUUUGCCAACCUUCCAAACAAGCGGAAAAUGAGAGAAGGACACCUAAAACAAAGCUUUAUAUAUAUGCUUAUCGAUCCCCGGAUUUCAUGUAAUUUACCAGGGGAAAGUGUGUUUCUUGACAAGCAUAGCGCAUGGAUGCGAUUUCUUCAUUCAGUUUUCUAUGUGGGCAAAGGAAAGACUUCACGGCCAUAUUCCCAUUUAUAUGAAGCGAUGAAAUUGCAUUCACGUGUACAUAGUCAGGAGAAUGUUUCAAAAACCAGUUCGGGAAUUGUAAAACCACGGCGUGGGAAAACGUCAUCGAUUCGAAAACAAAAUCUUUGUGUAGACGUUUUCAAAACGAGUCUCUGUAAGUCUCCGGAUAAUAAAAAACUGAACAGAAUCCUAGACAUUUGGCGCUGUGGAAAAGGUGUGGUUUGUUUACAUGUCUUUCACAAUAUAUUACCCUCAGAGGCGUAUACCAGAGAAGCGGCUAUAAUCGACGCAUUUGGAUUAGAUCAUUUAACAAAUUACAAGCGAGGCGAUUAUUACGGUCCAUCGCAAACCUGGACUAUGAAGGAAAAGAAAUUCUUAGGUAUAUCCUUGCUGUAUAAAGCAUUACAAAUAUAUUUAGCCGAGGGAGAAUCGCAACUUUCCCCGAGUGAUCUCAUAUAAAGUUGUAAGCUAUGUAUAUAC